GCCACUACCACCACCAUCAUGCGGCGAAGACCCCGUGAAGCUUCCUCCAAGUGUCCCCCACCCCACCCGCCUUCUCCCUCGCUCCCACCGCCCCGCGUCGGAGGCGUCCGCUCCUCCAAGUCGAAACUCUAGGGAAUUUGAUGUAUACAGAUACCACACCUGAAGAACUGAUCUAGUUGUGCUAGCAGCUAACUUAGGGGAAAUGAUGUUGAGAAGAGAGGACAGAUAUGUGAGAUUUCAGGACUGGAGAUCCGAGCAGUCUGUUAGUUCAGAGAACAUAGUUGUGCCACAUAGAAAUGAUGUUUCAGUUUUCAGUUCGCUUAAAGAAAGAACUGCCAGAGUUUUUGCAUUCCUGGGAAAUCUUUUGCACUCAGAAACCCCAAAUAGAUCAAUGCUGGACGAAAGAAAGUCUGCAACAAGAACUCUUCAUCCUCAAGGACCAUUUCUGCAAAAAUGGAACAAGAUAUUUGUGAUAUCAUGUAUAUUUGCAGUUUCAGUGGACCCAUUGUUCUUGUAUAUCCCAGUUAUCAAUGAUGGAAAACCUUGCUGGUAUUUGGAUAGAAAUUUGGAAAUCACAGCAAGUGUUCUGCGCUUUUUCACCGAUAUUUUCUACAUACUCCAUAUCAUAUUUCAGUUCCGGACAGGCUUUAUCACAUCUUCUCCUACAGCAUUUGGGCGGGGUGUCUUGAUCGAGAAUAGAUAUGCAAUAACAAAGCGGUAUUUAUCAACAUAUUUUUUUAUUGAUGUCUUCGCUGUUCUACCCCUCCCUCAGGUGGUUAUUUUGGUUGUGCUACCUAAACUUCAAGUCAUGGAGGUUAUGAAAGCUAAAAAUGUCUUGAUGCUUAUGAUUAUAUGCCAAUAUGUGCCUCGGUUAAUCCGGAUAAGACCGCUAUAUCUCCAAAUCACAAGAUCUGCUGGGGUGAUUACAGAGACAGCGGGGGCUGGCGCUGCUUUCAACCUUGUACUUUACAUGCUUGCCAGCCAUGUCCUUGGAGCUGUGUGGUACUUGCUUUCUAUUCAACGUCAAGAUUCCUGCUGGAGAGAGCAGUGUAGAAAUAAUAGGGGAUGUAAUCCUGCAUAUUUGUACUGUGGGGUUGAUGAUAAGGAUGGUCAAAAUGCUUUCUUAAGUACUUUCUGCCAAUUAUCUAAUCCGCCAAACAAUCUUCCAGAUCCAUUCUUUGGAAUUUAUGCGCCAGCAAUAAAAAAUAUAUCACAAUCAAGAAGUUUCUUUGUGAAAUUAUUCUUCUGUGUUUGGUGGGGUCUGCAAAAUCUUAGUUCUCUUGGCCAAAACCUGAAAACAAGCACUUAUGCAUGGGAGAAUUUAUUUGCAGUUUUUGUCUCAAUAUCAGGCUUAGUUCUUUUUGCACUGCUGAUCGGUAAUGUGCAGACUUAUUUGCAGUCAGCCUCUCUGAGAAUAGAAGAAAUGAGAGUGAAAAGUCGUGACACAGAUCAGUGGAUGUCAUAUCGACUGCUUCCUGAAAACCUCAAGGAAAGAAUACGGCGUUAUGAACAGUAUAGAUGGCAAGAAACAAGUGGGGUAGAUGAAGAGCACCUCCUUAUGAACCUCCCCAAAGAUCUUAGGAUGGAUAUAAAACGGCAUCUUUGUUUAUCACUUCUCAUGAGGGUUCCAAUGUUUGAAAACAUGGAUGAUCAACUCCUGAAUGCCAUGUGUGACCGCCUAAAGCCCGUUCUAUACACAGAAGGCAGCUGUGUCGUUCGCGAAGGGGAUCCAGUAAAUGAAAUGCUCUUCCUAAUGAGAGGAAAUCUGAUGAGCAUGACGACAAAUGGUGGAAGAACUGGCUUUUUCAACUCCGAUGUGCUGAAAGGUGGAGAUUUCUGCGGUGAAGAGCUCCUCACCUGGGCUCUUGACCCCACAUCAACAUCCAGCCUCCCCAGCUCAACAAGGACAGUGAAGACUAUGUCCGAAGUAGAAGCUUUUGCUCUGAGGGCUGAAGACUUGAAGUUUGUGGCCACUCAGUUCCGACGACUCCACAGCAAAAAGCUCCAGCACACUUUCAGGUUAUACUCACCGCAGUGGAGAACCUGGGCCGCUUGUUUUAUACAGGCAGCCUGGCACAGGUACUGCAGAAAGAAGAUUGAAGAUUCUUUACGUGAGAAGGAGAAGAGGCUGAAGGAGAAGAGGCUGCAAUUCGCGAUUGCGAACGACGGCCCUACCUCUCUCAGCUUUUUGGCAGCAAUAUACGCUUCUCGUUUUUCUGGAAACAUGAUCCGAAUCUUGAGGAGAAAUGCCACUCGCAAGGCUCGGCUGCAGGAAAGAGUGCCUGCAAGGUUGCUACAAAAGCCAGCUGAGCCCAACUUUUCCGCAGAGCAGCAGUAGUUCUGCACUUGUGCCUUCUCUUUGCAGGCACGUGACUUGUGCAGUUCUACUUGCUGAUGCUGCUUGAAGUUUGCACGCCCAAAGGCAAAAAGAAUACCACAAUAGCGUAACUAUUGAGUAAUGUAGAUGACUGCUUGUUUUGGAGUUUUCAAGUUACUCUGUAUAUGCCUUAGCUAAAAAGGUUAGCGUUGUAUGUGCUUGGUUGACAUAGAUGUGACUAGUAAUGUAUACGCACAAAAUGUAUAGCGAGCGCUCCUUUUUCUUGUUCCCACAUUGUGAAUGUAGCUGACAAGUGAUAUGUAAAAUAUAUGGGGCAUCAUCGACCGCCGUAUAUAUUGACAUAAUAUGGAA